AAGGAAACCAAAACAAACGAACAAAGCACUGGCGGUUCGUCCAAUUCACCACGGCGGUUGAUCGAUUGUUGCCUGAUUGUGUUGUCUUCAUCACCAUCUCCAUCUGCCAUCUGUUUUUCCUUUCAUAUUCGUCUUCUCAGGCCGCCGCUCUUGACGAUCAUUGCACACAGACCAGCAGGUAAACAAAGCGUCAUUUACACACACACACGGUGCCAUACCACAUCUCACCCACGAUGGACCAACGACAAGCGCUAAGGGACAUCAGUACGAACUCACCCCGUGUGAAGCGCCAGAAGACUAGCGCAGUGCGGGCAGCUCAUGGGGACGCUGUUGUUGGCUAUACGCUACCGGAAUGGCAGAGGAAGUGGCGUGCCAUAAUGACAACAUGCGUUGUGUACUUUGACAUCAACGACAAGGAGUCUAAGCGUAAUGACAGGGAAAGAGCGAUGAAGCUCUUUCAGGGAGUUGGGUCGCGUAUCCAGCAGUUCUUCGAUAACUCUGUGACCACGGUUAUCUCCAGGCGUCCAAAGAGUGAGCUUCCGAGAAAUAUGGUCUCACAACCUGGGUUGAAGAUCUGGGACUAUGACAAGACCUUCCGUUUCUUUCGGAACUUGGGUGAGCCUAUCCCAGAUGUUCCCAAGGACCAUCAACUACUGACCAUGUUGAACGAUGAGAAAUUGCACGGUAUGUCAGCAGAUCGGGACCCGAAUGCCAAACGUGAUGAUUUCAUCUAUUUCAAGGGCCCAUUUUUUUAUGUCUUUGACAUCCGUGGUAUAGUGAGACCCGUUGCAGUUAGAGAGUGGAAGUCAAAAGAUAUUAAGCAUGACCAGAAGAAACCAUGGCCGCACUUCCACGAAUCUUCAUAUGGCCAUUCCUUAUUCCAAGCUGAUCCUUCUGAUAUGAUGGAGCCUCGUAAGGUUCUGAAGAGGAAGAUGAGGGAUGAACAAAACGCAGAGUACAGAGAAAGGCUAAAGCUGGUCUAUGCAAAGACCAACAAGCGUAAGUACAACCAUGAAGGCGUUGAACUGACGGAGUCAGAAGAUGAUACCACGCUAAGCAUCGAUACCACACAAGAUGAGAGUGCCGUAAUGAAAACCAACUCCACUCCAAAGAUGCCACCACCUUCAAAUCAACAGCAUUCACAAACACAACCUCAGUCUCAAUGUCAAACGCAACAGCUGGAAUUCCAGCGUCCUAGUGCAUUGAUGAGACAACAUUCCCUAAUCCAGAACAAGUACGUUGAACCUGUACAACGUGAUGGGUUUGAGAUUCAAGCGUCUGGUUAUGCCGGUUCGGUAUCACAGCAGAGUGCCAGUGCCAGUGCCAGCGCCAGCGCGGAGUCUCAAUCCAACAGAAAUGGAUUGGCACCAAGUGGGUCUACUGUUUCUUCCAAACAGUUGAGUACUCUACAGAAGAAGAUUGUGGAGAAGAAGAAACAAUCUUCACAACUACAGCAUCAACAACAGCAGCAGAGCUGUACCCAAAAACCGAAGGUGUCCGGUUAUUGUGAAAACUGUAAGAAUCAUUUUGAUGAUUUCGACGAGCAUGUCAUUAGCCAAAAGCAUAGAGAAUUCGCCAGAGAUGCUGAAAACUUUGAAGAUAUUGAUAACUUGAUCAUGGCGUUGAGAGAACGGGUGUUGAACAAAGAGUGAUGUAUUCUCUUCCUUCACUCAAUUGGGUCUCGUCACGGCAUAAAUAUAUAUCUACAACCUGCAUAACCUUGUCCUGCCAAAUCCACGUCCAUUUGCAUAUCUGU